CUUCUAAAAUUACAGUUGUUUUUUCCCAUUUCUGCUGUUUUUUUCCAACUAUUUCAACUUUCUUAAAUGUUUUUUUCUCGUAAUUAUGACUUUAUUCCCAUAAUACAGUAUAUGGACUUUAUGUUGUUUCUCAUAAUGUAUGCUACUAAAAUGACUUUAUUUUUUUCCUCAUAUAAUUUAGAUUUCUAGGCGUGUAAUGCUCUGAUGAAUCACUAGGGGCGCUGUUGGCCGGAGUGUCAACUCAAUUGCUUUAUUAUCGUUGCUUUAUUAGCAUCCUUCUUCGUGAGCAAACAAUGGCAGUGAAAGUGAGACGAGGUGUUACUGGAGAUGAAAAUUAACAAAUUUGUUGCUUAUAACUGUCAUUUUUAAAGCAAAUUGAUCCGAAAUCGGGUCUCUCCCACCACUGAACUAAUGAGAGUCAAUGAAUUAAGACUUCUGGCUACUUUUAGUACAGCCAACGGACACCUUGCGACUGAGAGGAGUUGGCAAGCUCGGUAGAAACUCGAUUUCUUUGACUGACUCGAGUUGAAGUUAAUCGGAUACUUGAUACCAGUUUGCAGUAAAUUGUGAAUCGGGUACUCAAUUCACCCGAAUUCUAAGACCCAUGCCUCGAAAAUGGCCAACAACUUCCAAACACCAACCUCGCUAUAAUCACACCCUGACACGUUACCUGGUUUGAUUUUUUAUCUAGCUAACUGUAGCAGGGAAGGAGUACCAGUGAGUCCCGAUUUAGUUUAAAAUAAAACAACGACUCGUUCAUGACUCGCACAUGUAGAUAGUAGUAAUGUAAACAGGAAGUGUCCGUCAUGUCCAUACGAGUUGUGGCCCAUGUAGAUAAGCCAUAAGUUGCCAUAACAGUAGGCAUGCAGGAUUUAAUCACACAUGAGUCAUGUCCAAAUACUUCUUCCCUCCCUUCUCUCCCCCCUUCCCCGUCUUCUCCCCGCCUCAUCUCACGGUGGAAUGAUCCAACGAGUCAAUAAAACGGCUGCUCCGGUGUUGCCUCUGCUCAGAGAGAGGACGACAACCGCAGCGUCUGUCGGAUCCUUUUACACCAGCGGGCUCGUGUGCGUGUCUGACCCGUCCAGUAAGCCUUCGAGGUCGGCUUACCGUUGACUGACUUCACCGCGCCCGGGGCUAACACUUUGAACCCACCAUGGGCUCCUCUUGGGUUCUGGUCCACCUUCUUGUGUCACUCUUGGUUCUGUUGGGUUCGGCGGCUAAGGAUGAGCGCAGCAUGGAACAACGUGAGGUCUCCUUUGACCUCGACGCCAUCAUGCAAGAGAUGCAGUCACCAGAUUCAUUUGUGAUGCAGCAAGAGGCGGACCUGACAGAUCUCCUUGAUCCAAAAGAGUUUGCUGUGGAGCAGGAGCCUGAUAUCUUGGACACCCCGAGAGGGAGAGGUUCCAGGCCGGGAGCCAUGUCACCUCGAGGACGUCACCCAGGUUUUGGCCCCCGUUCUCACCCUCCCAUGCUGGACUACCACGUUCAAUUCCCGCUCGGCCAGCCCACCUCCGACAAUCUGGAAGCCCUCUGUCUCAAUGGAGACCUUCGUCCUCGCUACCCCGACUCGUUCUUCCCCAGUUCAGGAUUCGGCCAGCAGCGGCGGAGGGCGAGCGCUGUCAAUAACGCGGAGGCGUGGUUUAGCACAUGCUGCAAAGGCAACCAGACGUGGGGGAGGGAGGUGACGCUGUGUUGCGCCACGCAGGCGUGGGAGCUAUCCGUGGAAACAUUCUGCGAGGAGGAUUCAUCCGUGAAGGAUCGACUUUAUCACUGCUGCAGACAGACGGGCAGCGAGAGGCUCCUCUGCUUCCAAAACGACGCUCACAAUCCCAGCUACGAGCCGACAGAGGCGUUGCCGGUGGUCCCGCUUCCCGCAACCUUUGACUUCAGCUUUGACAGAAAGACUUGUCACAGGACUCAGCAGAGCGCCAGCAGCAGAGGAACACAGCCGCCUACUCCCCCGAAAGGUGACUUCAUCUUCCCCCCCGGUCGACCCACCGAGGAUAAUGUGGAAGGGCUGUGUCGCAACCAGAAGCUGCGCCCCCUGUACAGCCUCAAGUGCCUCCCGGGUACCGGCUACGAGAUGCUGGCUCGUCAGGCCAAGAUGAUUAAUCGCGUGGAGAAGGGAUUCAAACAGUGCUGCAAGAAGAAGCAGGACGUCGUCACGUGUGCCGAGCAUAAGUGGCGUGCCGAGCUCAACAGGUUUUGCUCCAGCAAGAAGGGCGGCAAGGCUAACCAUAACUGUUGUCGUGGCGCCAAUGGCGGCGAUCGCUUCCACUGUUUCCAAUCGCUGUCUCCUGACCCGCGAUACAACGUGACCUUGUCCGCCGAAGACCUCGCCCCGAAAGUCUGUAAGGCGCGCAAGAUCAUCAAGAAAGUGUUACCUGCUGACUUUCUUGUCAAGAACAUUCUAAACGAUUGCUGCGCCCUGUCACCAGAAAACCACAACUCUUGCUUUUUUCAGAAGAUUGAGGAGACGUCCACCAGGAUGUGUUCAUCGAGGAAGACGUCCCCGCCGGCCGCCCGCCGCUGUUGCCGCAUGGCUCCUCCGGAGCUGCCAAAGUGCGUCACCGACUUUGUCAUGGAUGCCAUCACCAAGGCAACCAAGGUCUCCAACCAGAAGAAGAAGAAAAGGUGUCCCAUUUAAACGUCGACUAACGCUUGCAACCAAUCGACAGAAAGUAUUCAUCUUGCACAAAUCCCACUUUUUUUAUCACGUGGAACACGUUUGUGCUUCAUCUACUGCCAGUAUUAUUUGUAUCUUUUUAUAUAACACCCCCCUGCCCCCCCUCCACACACACACAUGUUCUGUACUAAAUAAACAUCUUUUUUAACGCUAAUCAGACUGAUUUCUGUGUCAUUGUGCCACUAUUUUUAUUAUAAAGGUUGAUUCAAGAUCACACUUAAAUUGUUGGAAUAAAGUUUUCUUAAUUUUUA